UUCCUUCCUUCCUUCCUUUUUUUUUUUAACUUAAAUGCAAUGCAUUUUCUCUCACUUUUGCAGGUGAAGGUUUUUCUCUUGGUUGCUCAAUUCACUAAAGGGAUGGUCUCCCUUGCCAAAUCUGGGCUGGAGGGGCUGGUUCAAGCAAUGGAAAUGCAAAGCUCUCUGAGCAGCAGUUGGAACAGGGGGUGGGAAGGGGCAGAGGCCGCAGUGCCCUGGGUACUGUGGGUAGUUUUAGGGGUCGUGCUGCUGGUCAGUGCCAGUGCCACCCAGCGGAGCUCAGCUCCAGGUGUGCACGUGUUGGGCAAUAGCUGCUGUACCGAGCACUGCACAGCCACCUUGACUCUCUUCCAAAGGGGGAACCCUCUGCACUGAGAAGUAAAAAUGGUUUUGUUAGUGCUGCUUGCAGCGCGGUACGGCUGCUUGGAGCUAAUGAAAUGUCUGUUACUCCUUCGUGCCCCACGCUUACAGCAAACUCAGCAUUUUGGAACAGCAAACUCAGCAUUUUGCAACAUCCUUGCACUUGUUGUCUGCCCUCCAGCAAAGAUGGGAGCCACAGGGUGCUCCUGGCAAGGGAACGCCGCAGGCAGGCAGGGCAGAUCCCUUCUCCCUGCUCCUGCUGCCCCUGAGGCCCUGGGGGCUGCUGCCCGUGUGUGCCCGGGAUCUCCCCCCAUCCCCUUGCACCUUGCAGCUGGGUGCUGCCCUUCCCUGGCAGGACACGGGCAGGGUGUGCACCGGAGACCUUUGUGCCAAUGGCGUGGCAGGGAGUGGAACAACCGCAGUGUAUCGUUAUGGUUUGCUUCCUAUGUUUCUCGAAACAUUGGCUAAAUAUUGACCUGCUUGAAACUUCUGAGGAUCUCUGCGAAGGGCGCUGUUAUCAGCCCCGAACCAGAGAGAAAAACUAAGAAUGAGUCCAGGAAGCCCAGGAAAGAAUGAAAUGAGCAUCUCCCAAUGAAAAAUCCAGUUUCUUCAGCAACCUCCAGAAGGUGCUGAAAUACUUUGACAUUUUCCAAGACUCUUUCACACCUUUCAAACAAGCUUGUCACAGUUUCCCGGAGCACUAUGAAUUUGGUGAAGCUGCAUAUUCUGAGAUCCCAUCUCCUCUGAAGUUUCACCCAGGCUUUGCUUCAACUUGGCAUUCACCGGUGUUCUGGUCAGCUGGGAAAUGGCAUCAUCUCACUCUAAUUAAAGCAGCUUUUCAUCUUCAGCUGGAGUUUGCCUCGGUGUUGGCCACGCCUGCCCGCAUCGCUCCGGUCAGUGUGAUUAAAACAUCACUGCUCUCCACCACGCAUCGUACGGAGCGGUUCCUGUGCCUCGCUGGUGGAACUGGCUUUUGAGGCCAAGUACCAGCUGGGAGGAGCUGGUGAUGCUGGGAGUUGCUUUCCUUCCACUGUGCGCUUGAUGCUCUAUCCAUCGCUGCCUCGUGGUGUGGUCCCAUCGGCCUUGUGUUUUCCAGCUUUGCUGAAAGGCAGAGUCUCCUCUUCCCCAUGAAGCAGAAGCAGCCCCACCAAUGUGACUCCAGGCUGCCUCCUCUCCCGCUCUGCUCUCACCAGGGGCACGUUAGCACUGUGUGCUUCCUUCAUGCCUGUCACGGUGCUGGCCCCAGUGCGUGCCGUGCAGAGCAAACCCCCAUGUCCACGAACGUGUCAGAGGACAGGCAGGCACCAGAUGAAACCAGCUCCUGGUGCUUGCAGGGUAUUUUUUCCCAGUGACAUCUCCCGAGGAACGUGCUCAGUAAUAGCUCAGCAUCCCCAGCAGGGGAGGGGACAAGAGGUGACGAGCCAAGCUGUUCUAUUUCUGCAGGUUCCUGGCCACCAUCGCGUUAACUCUUUGCGCACAGAUGCUUGCAAGGAGCCUUGCACCUCAGCAGCCCUGCAGCGAGCAGGUGGCAUCGGGGCGUGCUCAUGGGCUGCCUCAGCCCCACAGUAAUUCGCUCCUUGAGCUGGAAGGAGCUGUGCUGAUGGGUUGGGAAAGGAGGGGAAGAACUCUUCCCGCAGCCCACGGGCGCUGUCACGUGCUCGAGACAGGCUCCUGGAGGAUGUGGUUCAGAAAUAAGUUGAUGUGUGUUAUUUUCCUUUGAUUCAUAAGCAAAACCCAAGAGGAAGUGAGGGCUCCAGCAUGGAUUUGCUGGCCCAGCAUGGCAGCGUGGGUGUCAGACGGGCACGGACCGGGUGUGCAGCUCAGCUCGAGGAUUUGGAGAACCACAGAUAACAAGCGCAAAGUUCUCCUUGCUGUCUCAGACAGCCACGAACCAGCUUUCAUUUAGCGCUUCAGCUCUCCCGUGCCUUUUGGAUAAGGCUUUUAAAGAGACGUGGGUGCUAUUUCCCAGCGUUACCUGUACUAACGCUGACCUUUACAACUUAUCAUUUCUAUGGGUAAGGAGCACCGGAACAAGGAGCCGUGCCCGCUCUGCUGCUUGGUGCCACGCUCGUCUUUCCCACCUCCCUCCCCAGGACCCCCCAGGGCUGCGGUGCCCGCCGUGCUGGGGCUGGUGCCCUCGCUGCCACGCGCAGCUCAGGGACGCGGCACCGCUGUCACCUGCUGUCAGCGCGGGGUCUGCGAUGCGAUGCGGGAUGACACGGCAGAAACGCGUGCGGUAUUUAGGGCACGCUCAGCGCCGGGGGCAGGGGGAUGGGAAUUCAUUAGCGGCGCAGUGUCUCCUUUAAUCAAAAGGCAGGUGCUGCUCGGCUGGGGCUGGAGGCAGGGCAGCGAUGGAGGCCAUGCAGGGGCAUGGGCUGAGCGUGGGGUGGGGAUGGGGCUGGGGGUGUUUGCACGGUGCUCACAUCGGGGAGAGGGAAAUAUUAUUGAGGGUGCACCAGUGGGGAGGAGACACAGAACAGACCAGGCCAGGAGGGAGCCAGGUUGUGCCCUUGGCAGGGAAGUCCCCCAGUGAUGCCCAGUUCAGAGGCUGCACUGACUGCCAGGGGAGCACUGUGAUCCCUCCCGGCACCGAUGCUCUCUUCCAGUGAUGAUGCUCUGAUACUAAAAUGUGAAUUACACUACAAAAAAAAACCCACCCAAACUACAUUUCCCAGUUUCCCUUGCAGCCCUGGGAAAUAAGCUAUUGGAAGAUUUAAAUAGACCAGGCCAGAAGCAACCAACCUUUGGCACAAAGCAUUUCCCUCCUCUUCUUCCAAUCUAUUGGCUGUUUAACCUUUUUCCCUGGCACUGGAGUGGCUGCCAAGCCUGGCAUUAAUUUUCCUUCCAAGCUUGCUAGGCCCAUGAAGUAAACAGCCAUGUGCAUUCCUUACUCUAUAUUUAACAGCUGCAGUCUGUGCUGGGGGCAACUGCAACAGAGGGGAACCUUUGUAGCUUCCCAAAUUCACAGCUUGUGAGGGUGGGCGUGGGGGAAGAUUUCUGCAGGGAGAAGAGGGAUUUCUCUCCUUCCCGGUAUUCGCAAAGCAGGUUCAAUUAGAGAGAGACUGCAAUGCCAGCAUCCCAGACGCGGUCCAGAGCGCGAGACAGGAACAAUGUCCUCAACAGGGCUGAGUUCCUCUCCCUGAACCAGCCCCCGAAAGGGACCCAGGAGAGCAGGAGCUCGGGCAGAAAGCAGAGCGGCCAAGCAGCGGCGGCCGGCACCCAGAACAGCAACCCCAAGGAGCGGAGGCAAUCGCAGCAGCUGCCCGAAGAGGACUGCAUGCAGCUCAACCCCUCCUUCAAGGGAAUCGCCUUCAACUCCUUGCUGGCCAUCGAUAUCUGCAUGUCCAAGCGGCUGGGGGUGUGCGCCAACCGAGCCUCGUCCUGGGGAGGUGCCCGUUCCAUGAUCAACCUGCUGGGGAUAACGGGGCACGGCAUCCCCUGGAUCGCGGGCACGCUCAUCUGCCUGGUGAAGAGCAGCACGCUGGCGGGCCAGGAGGUCCUCAUGAACCUGCUGCUAGCCCUGCUGUUGGACAUCAUGAUCGUGGCCGGGCUGCAGAAGUUGGCCAAGCGCAAGGGUCCGUACGACGUCAGCCCCGGCCUCUUGGACUACCUGACCAUGGACACCUACGCGUUCCCAGCCGGUCAUGCCAGCCGUGCCGCCAUGCUUUCCAAGUUCUUACUCAACCACCUGGUCCUGGCCAUCCCGCUCCGCAUCCUGCUGGUCCUUUGGGCCUUCUGCGUCGGCUUCUCCCGCGUCAUGAUCGGCCGGCACCACAUCACGGACGUGCUCUCCGGCUUCGUGUUCGGCUACCUGCAGUUCAGGCUGGUGGAGUUGAUAUGGAUGUCUUCCAACACGUGUCAGAUGUUGAUAUCCAUCUGGUGAACGCCGGGGACUUGAUGCCUUUCCGCCCAAAACUAGCAGACACUUUGAGUCCCCCUCCCGGUAUUUUUUACCCGUUGUUUGUUGGAAACAAUUGUAACUUCCAUGAGUAGUGGCGUUUUUUAAUGUUGCUUCCCUGCCUGGAAAAGAAAGUUUCUUGCAAUGGAUUGGGUUUUAGCACCCAAUGGCCAUACCCAUGUUGUUGGCCACGUCCUCAAACUGUAUUUGGACAGCAAUCAAAUUAAGCUUCACGGGUGAGAGGAACGAGCUCCGUCUGCCUCAUCGGGGUGGUUCGCCUCGCACCUGGGUUUGUCCUCAGCGUGGGCAGCGCCUAAGAUCUUCCUGAGGACUCGUUUGUUAACUUUCUGGAGGCUAAAGGAUUUUGGCCACAGUGCUUUUUCUUUUUGUAAGCCAAGCGACCGUGUCUUGUGCAGAGUCAGGACACU